AUGAAUAAAGAACAGUAUAUUAAAAUGAUUCGAGCUGGAUUGAAAAAGACGAAAGUAUUCUUAAAACGUGCUCCAAAUGAGACCCGAAUCAAUGCAUACAAUCCAAUGAUAAUGUCAUUGCACAGAGCAAAUAUGGACAUUCAAUAUAUUCUUGAUCCUUAUGCAUGCUUAAAGUACUGUGUUGAAUACAUCAACAAAUCUGAAAAUGGAAUGUCCAAGCUUCUAAGAGAAGCAUUGAACGAGUUAAAAAAAGGCAAUCACACAGUCAAAGAACGUCUUAGAGUUAUUGCAAAUAAGUUUUUGAAUUCAAGUGAAAUUUCAGCACGAGAAGCUGUUUAUCAUAUUUUAAGUAUUCCACUUUCCGUCAGUAGCAGGAGUACUGUAUUUAUUAAUACAAAUAGACCCGAAAAUAGAAUUUCUAUGCUAAAAUCAGAUGAAAUUCUUCAGAAACUGGAGCCUGAUUCAAAAGAUGUUUUUGUUGAAGGUUUAAUUGACAUGUACGUUAAUAGACCAGACGAAAUGAAAGACGUUUUUUUAGCUGAUUUUGCUUCCUUGUAUAACGUGUCAAAGAGAAAAGCAAAUAAUGCUCCAAUUGCAGAAAAUUCUGAUGAUGAGGAUGCUACUGAAAAUGAAAAUGAUGAAAAAAUUACUGCUUUCCGAAUGAAAAAUGGAAAAGACGAAAUAUCAAUGGUUGGUUUUACAAUGUUUCAACACAUAGAUGCACGUUUGCAGCAUAUAAUGAGAACAAAAAAGCCAUUUGGUGGAAUAUUAGUUAUGGUUUUAGGUGAUUUCAAUCAAUUAAGACCAGUUGGCGAUAAAUACAUAUUCCAAUUUAAUAAUUCAUAUAAUGCUCUAGUAGAUAGUUCAUUAUGGUCACUAUUUGAAUUGUUUGAAUUGACAGAAAUAAUGAGACAAAAGGAUGAUAAAACUUUUGCCAUUGCAUUAAGUAACUUAGCUAAAGGAACGAUGACAGCUGAAGAUAUUCAUCUGUUAAGGUCACGAAUUGUUUCAACUGAAAAUUUAGAAACCAUUAGAGAUGCAAUAAGACUAUUUAGAAGUAAUGCAGAAGUCGAUGCAUAUAAUAGAAUAGUAUUGUCUAGGCUUAAUACUGAAGGUGCAAUCGCUAAUGCUUAUGAUUAUUGUGUUGGUGAUGGACUUGCAUCAAUAAGAGAAAAAGUUCUAAAUAAUGUAAAGAAUCUGAAAACAACUGAAACUUACGGUUUACCACUUGAAAUUGAUUUGAAAGUGGGCGCUAAGUAUAUGAUGACAGUGAAUAUUGAUACUGAAGAUGGAUUAGUAAAUGGUGUUUGUGGAAAAUUGAUAGCGAUUGAUUAUGGAACACUUCAGAAGACAAAUUAG